GUGGCGCCAAAAGCUUGACAACAAAGCGGCUGUUUGCUUCCUUCAAACCGACAACAAAGUGUCCGCUGCGGGGCGUUUACACCGGCUUUACACCGGCUUUACACCGGAGCCUUCAACCGGAGCCUUCACCCGUACAAAGUGUCCGCUGCGGGGCGUUUACACCGGCUUUAGACCGGCUUUACACCGGAGCCUUCAACCGGAGCCUUCAACCGGAGCCUUCAACCGGAGCCUUCACCCGUACAAAGUGUCGGCUGCGGGGCGUUUACACCGGCUUUACACCGGCUUUAGACCGGCUUUAGACCGGCUUUACACCGGCUUUAGACCGGCUUUACACCGGCUUUAGACCGGCUUUAGACCGGCUUUAGACCGGAGCCUUCAACGAGGCUUCUUCUUAACCGCCCGCUCGAAGAGGAGAAAGAAAGAAGUUUAGCGUUAGUGUUUUUACGCUAAAUGUCGUAAUGGCGUCGAAGACCGACCAACUUCUCAUCGUUGUGUCCAUCCUCCAAGGUCGCCACUUCCCCAAGAGUCCCCGCCUCCGUCUGGUGGUGCAGGCGAGCUUCGAUGGCGAGCAGCUGGCCACGGACCCCGUGGAGCACCGGGACCAGCCGGUCUUCAGCACCGAGCUGGCCUGGGAGCUGGACCGCCGGACGCUGCACCAGCACAGACUGCAGAGAACUCCCAUCAAGCUUCAGUGCUUUGCCGUCGACUCGGUGACCAAGAGGAGCGACGGCGUCGGCUACAUCGUCCUGGACCUCCGGUCUGUGCAGGAGGUCCAACAGGAGCCUCGCUGGUUCCCUCUGCUGAGCAGCAAAUACACCAAGCAGAGGCCGGCACUCCUCCUCAGCAUGUCGCUGGAGAACGACGCCAAGCUCCACCAACCCUCUCCCGAUAGGUUCAGGGCCAAGAAGGCCCCGCCCCGACAAGGUCCUCCUGCAGUCGCGGACCUGCUGCCGGACAAGCUGCAGGCCUCGCUGAUCCCAGACCAGGGCUACCAUCAGGUGGGACCCGUAGACCUCUGCUCCGACAUGUUCUUCCUCUCCGUCACCGUGGCCUUUGCUACCAAACUGGAGCAGUUGAUCCCCAGCACCGUGAGGCUGUCGGCGGAGGAGCCGGGCUUCUUCUUCUACUACUCUCUGCUGGGCAACGACAUCACCAGCGAGCCCUUCGACAACCUGCUGAGCCCCGACUUCGAGCCGGAGCGCGCCUCCGUGCGCAUCCGCAGCAGCAAAAAGGUCCUGCAGAGCUUCCUGUCUCAGCAGCCCAGUUUACAGAUCCACCUGUGCCGUGGGAACCGUUCUCUCGGCAGCACCGACGUCUCCCUCUCGGCGCUCUCGGCGGCGUCGGUGGAUCUGGAGAACAAGGCGGCGACGGUGGAGGGAGCGUUCGUUCUGCGGCCGCCCAAACGCACCGAGCUGCCGGCGCUGCCCGCCGAGCUGCAGCCCACCGUGGGGGUGGCGGUCACCCUGAGGAGGGAGGACGUCACGGCACAGUCUUCAGGGACUAAAGAAGCUCCCUCCGACCCCCCUCCCUCUGCUCCUCCGGCUCGAGGACCUGCCGACUCUCCUCCUUCUCCUCCUUCUCCUCCUCCUUCCUCUCACACGGAGAGCGAAGCGGAGAGUCUGCUGGAGGAGCUUCACCGCGGCAAAGCGCCGGCGGCGCUGCUGCCGGGAGAUCUGGAGCUUCCUGUUCAGCAGACUGGAGGCGGAGCCGGAGGCGGAGCUUCAUCCGUCAGCGUCUCUGCUCCCAAAGUGUCCAUCCCGUCCUCCGCCCACCACUACUGCUUCUCCCUGGACCUCCGCAGCCUGAGAAACCUCAGCCCGACGCAUGCCAUCGCUGCCACGCUCAGGUACUCGUAUCCGUUCUUCGGCAGUGCGGCCCCCAUCAGGACCGGCCCCCCUGUGGAGCUGCAGAGGAGCACGGAGGCCUCGCUGCCUCAGUCCUACUGCGCCUUCGACUUCGCCGCUCUGCCUCAGCAGCUGGAGGACACCUUCCUCAGAGUCCCUCUGGUGGUGGAGGUGUGGCACAGAGACUCCACCAGUGGAGACCAGCUGAUUGGACGAGCCUCCGUCCAGCUAUCUCAGCUGCUGAGCUCCGAGAGGACCGGACUGGUGUCGUCGUCGACGGGGGAGCCGGCCUGGAGGCGGACUCAUCGGGACCGGAUCCCCGUGGUCCCGACACACCGUCCAGGUGAGAAGGUGGCGGAGCUGAGCUACGUGGCGACGCUGGAGGACCUGGGCUUGGUUAGAGCUAGAGACGUCGUCGUGGCCGACUCGUCACAGAGCGAACCCGCGGCACCCGCCCUGCAGCCGCCCCCCCGCCCUGCAGCACCCGGCCCGAUUGUGGCCCCCCUGGGCCCCGAGGUGCCGACGCCCUCCAGAGACACCCUGGAGUACCGCACGGCCUUGGAGCUGGAGCUGUGGAAGGAGGAGCAGGAGGACCUGUUCGACGAUCAGCUGAGGAGGAAGGAGCUGAGCCACAUGAAGGCCCUGGCGGAGGAGUGGAGGAGGAGAGACCGCGAGAGAGAAGCUCUGGUCAAGAAGAAGGAGGUGGAGUACAACCAGCUGGAGGAGCAGCUGCAGAAGACUCUGAGCGACCUGGAGACGCGAGAGAAACAGCUGGCGGCCGCCGAGCUGGAGACUCAGAGGCUGCAGAAGGACCUGCGAGCCGAACACAACCUGACCCAGAGGGAGCUGCAGGAGAGCAGCAGGAGGCUGCGGCUGGAUUGCGACCACCGGGUGGCGCUAGAGGGCGACAAAGCCCGGCUGAUGGAGGAGGAGAGGGUCCGGCUGCUGCAGCAGAUUACAGACGGAGAGUCUCGGUACAAACAUCUGGAGAAGGAGUUCCAGCUCUACAGGGAACAGCAGUCCGUGAGGCCGGAGGUCAGACUGCAGUCGGAGGUCAACCUGCUCUCUCUGGAGAAAGUGGAGCUGGAGAGGAAGCUGGAGUCCACCACCAAGUCCAAGCUGCACUACAAGCAGCAGUGGGGGCGGGCCUUGAAAGAGCUCGCCAGGUUUAAACAGCGCGAGCAGGAAAACGCCGUGACGCGCCUGAAGAAGCAGCAGGCGGAGCUGGAGGCCAUGAGGCUGCGUUACCUGGCAACGGAGCAGAAGGAGGCGGUCCAUGAGGAGAGGCGGGAGCUGGACGACAUCAGGAACGAACUCAACAGAUUAAAGCAGCAGGAGGACAGGUUAGGCCCCGCCUCCUCACCUGGUGGCCCCGCCCCCUCCCAGACCCUGAACGAGGGGGCUGACGAACACCUGAGCCGCCUGCUGGAGGAGAGAGACACUCUGCUGAGGACCGGCGUCUACACCCACGAGGACCGGAUCAUCGCCGAGCUCAACAGACAGAUUCAGGACGCCAUGAGGACCAGAGGGACUCAAUGACGUUUGAUCAUGUGACCCCCCCCCCCCCCCCCCCCUCCAGUACCUGUGUGUAAGUCACCUCACACAGUGAUGUACGAGUGUAAAGAAGACCUCUGUUCUGACUGCUGUUUUUAAUCCUUCCUCAAUAACUUGAUAGUCAGUCUAAAUAUGGACUUCCUGUCCUUUGAAGGAUCGUUUAACGAGUUUUGCAUCUCUGAACUUUUUAAGGACUAAAAAACACUUUUCAACACUAUUAAAACCUUUUAGAUUGAUGAGGCGUUCAAGGACAAUCUGACUUUCCUAGAAAACUAUAUCACACUGUUCCCUGGAGCUGAUAUAUAUGAUCUGUCUACAUAUCUAUAUAUAUAUAUAUA